AGAAGAAGAAGCUGUUGUUGUUGUUUACGACAGAAACAGGCAGCAUCUCUCUGGUUCUGUUGGUCCCUGAAGGCAGCAUCUCUCUGGUUCUGUUGGUCCCUGAAGGCAGCAUCUCUCUGGUUCUGUGUUGGUCCCUGAAGGCAGCACCUCUCUGGUUCUGUGUUGGUCCCUGAAGGCAGCAUCUCUCUGGUUCUGUGUUGGUCCCUGAAGGCAGCAUCUCUCUGGCUCUUUGUUGGACCCUGAAAGCAGCAUCACCCUGGUUCUAUGUUGGUCCCUGAAGGCAGCAUCGCUCUGGUUCUGUUGGUCCCUGAAGGCAGCAUCUCUCUGGUUCUGUGUUGGUCCCUGAAGGCAGCAUCUCUCUGGUUCUGUGUUGGUCCCUGAAGGCAGCAUCUCUCUGGUUCUGCGUUGGUCCAUGAAGGCAGCAUCUCUCUGGCUCUGUGUUGGACCCUGAAAGCAGCAUCUCCCUGGUUCUGUGUUGGUCCCUGAAGGCAGCAUCGCUCUGGUUCUGUGUUGGACCCUGAAGGCAGCAUUUCUCUGGCUCUGUGUUGGACCCUGAAGGCAGCAUCUCCCUGGUUUUGUGUUGGAUCCUGAAGGCAGCAUCGCUCUGGUUCUGUGUUGGUCCCUGAAGGCAGCAUCGCUCUGGUUCUGUGUUGGACCCUGAAGGCAGCAUUUCUCUGGCUCUGUGUUGGACCCUGAAGGCAGCAUCUCCCUGGUUCUGUGUUGGUCCCUGAAGGCAGCAUCGCUCUGGUUCUGUGUUGGACCCUGAAGGCAGCAUUUCUCUGGCUCUGUGUUGGACCCUGAAGGCAGCAUCCCCCUGGUUCUGUGUUGGACCCUGAAGGCAGCAUCUCUCUGGUUCUGUGUUGGACCCUGAAGGCAGCAUCUCCCUGGUUUUGUGUUGGACCCUGAAGGCAGCAUCUCCCUGGUUCUGUGUUGGACCCUGAAGGCAGCAUCUCCCUGGCUCUGUGUUGGACCCUGAAGGCAGCAUCUCCCUGGUUCUGUGUUGGACCCUGACGGCAGCAUCUCCCUGGUUUUGUGUUGGACCCUGAAGGCAGCAUCUCCCUGGUUUUGUGUUGGACCCUGAAGGCAGCAUCUCCCUGGUUCUGUGUUGGACCCUGAAGGCAGCAUCUCCCUGGUUCUGUGUUGGUCCCUGAAGGCAGCAUCUCCCUGGCUCUGUGUUGGUCCCUGAAGGCAGCAUCUCCCUGGCUCUGUGUUGGACCCUGAAGGCAGCAUCUCCCUGGUUUUGUGUUGGACCCUGAAGGCAGCAUCUCCCUGGUUCUUUGUUGGACCCUGCAGGCAGCAUCUCUCAGGUCAGAGGACCCCCCCGGCAGUGAUGGCUCUGAUCUCUCUUGAAGACCUUGAGGGAUUGGACGACGAACAGCUGGACGAUGACAUCACUGAGGAACCUCAACCAAUGGGUGAGGAGGAAGAAGACCGACUGCUGAGUCACUGGCAGGCGGUUGCAAGCAACCACCAGGUGGCAGUACCUGCAGAGAUGAUGGGACCCAUACAGGAAAUGACCCGCAACAGUCAACAGAGGGAGCCCCUCCCCUUCUCCCCCAUCUGCUGCCAUGAGAAGCUGGGGGAGGUGCAGUGGGAGGAGAGGCAGAUCCCCCCCGGUCAGUGGGCCUGUGUUUCAGCCGGGGAAACUCUGUUCGAGCAGAGCGUCUCUCUGAGCUUCAUGAAGUUAAUGCGCUACAUCUGCAGGGAGAACUCCACAGGGCGGUUCCUGGGUCUGACGGUCCCGGUCGUCAGCGAGGUCUCGGUGAGGGCGGACAGGUCGUCGUUACAGGAAGUCGUGCGGACGGCGUUCUUCCUGCCCGCAGAGUUUCAGAGCGACCCCCCCAGCCCCUCUGACCCCGACAUCAUCAUCGUCCAGCGGGAACCAGUCAGAGUGCUCUCAAGGACGUUCUCUGGGACGACCACAUGGCAGACGUUGACCUAUCAGGUGGGGCUGCUGCGGGAGCUGCUGGGUGCCCCCCCCCUGCUGUGCAGCUUCAUGGUGGCUUCGUACGAGAACCCAUCGGUUCCGGAGCGCCGGAACGAGAUCUGGAUCCUCCGGCGAGACCUGUAGACGCCAUCCCAUCAUGCACUGCUGCUCCUCCCAUCGGCUGGGGUUCAAGGCCCCCCCCCCCGCCGCUUCAGUCCAAUCAGAAGGCCUCUCUGUCUUGUUGACGCCUCCUUGGUUCUCACAGUAUAUCAACAGGAAACGCAUCACUCAGCUUCAGAGACUCACAAUCAACAAGUAUCUCCUGCGUCCUGAUUGGCUGGCACAGUGCCUCAGCAGAUGUUAGCUUAUCAUAAAGACUGAUGAAGACUCUAACCCUUGAGCAAAUUCACUUCCUGUUUGAGUCCUGAAGAAACAUGGCCGCUACAUAAAGCUUUCCAGAGGUGCAUCUCAAAGAUAUUUCAUAUUUAAUGUCAGAUGUUAAAUAUUUCGGUAAUGAAGGGAUAUAUUUAUACUUGGUUUUAAAAUAC